AGCGCAUCACUUCAAUGCGAAGAACCAAAAAGACCCGAGACGGAGGAGCAGAAGAAAAAAAAGAGAGAGCUUCCACCGCGGGCAGAAGGAAGCAGCAGCAGCAGCAGAGCUAGCGCGAGGCGGGCCGCGGGAUCCCGCGCGCAUGGCGGCGCCCUGAGGGAGCCCGCGCCGCCCACCGGGCUCCGGCGGAGAUGCGGCCGCGGGGAGCCGCCCUGCUCCUCCUCCUCGCCGCGCUCUCCUCCGUUUAUGUGCCACUGGGAACGGCAAGCUCAACAACCAUCACGGCCUACUUACUUGGAUUAUGGAGUAGAAAUCAUCGGCAUUCGGUUCUUUCCCCUGCACCAGCCCCUUCCCCGGGGCCUCAAAGUGCCUCUGUUUAUCACCCAGUGCAUAGGCAUCACAGAAAACGGCCUCGUGUCGCCCCACCGUCUUCGUCACCAUCAUUCGAAAGACAAGAUUGCAGUGGGAUAACUUGUUCCGCUCCGCUCACUUCUACUCCAAUCGGUUCCCCUUGUGGUUGUGUAUAUCCUAUGCAAAUUCAGCUCGAUCUUAGUGUGGCGCCGUACCAGUUGUUCCCUAGAGUUGAUGAGCUAGAAAUCGAGAUUGCAGCAGGUACAUUCCUGAAACAGAGUCAAGUUCGGAUAAUGGGUGCUGGGGGCAGUAUUCAAGAUCCAGAUAAGACUACGGUCACCAUCGAUUUGGUGCCACUAGGUCAGAAGUUUGAUAGGACUUCAGCCUUGCUGAUUAGCAACAGAUUUUUGCGAAAGAAGGUUCCUAUAAAGUCAUCUAUUUUUGGUGAUUAUGAUGUAACAUAUGUUCAUUAUCCUGGCCUUCCUUCUUCAGUACCUAAUAUCCCAGGAUCCUUGGGUCCAAUAAGCAGCAAUGAGUAUCCCUUUGGUGCAAAUGUACACAAUGGAAGCCAUCCGAAGAUUAGCUCCAAAAUUGUCGCCAUAAUUGCUCUGUCAGCUGUUGUGUUUGUUUUGACAUGUUUUGGCAUCUGCAUCAUAUGCAAAUACAAAGGACGCCAAAAGCCUCAUGGAAUUGGUCAUGCUUCAAAUUCCUCGAACACCAGAAAAACAGGUAUGAGGUCAUCGUUCUCCAGUAUGACUAGCUCGACAGCAUCUUUUCCUUCGACUAUAGCAACCUGCCCGCGCACGGUUAAGACAUUCUCAAUUUCUGAGCUUGAGAAGGCAACAGACAAAUUUAGCUUCAACAGAAUAAUAGGUGAAGGAGGGUAUGGACGUGUUUAUCGCGGCAUAGUUGAAGAUGGAGUUGAGGUAGCUGUCAAAUUGCUCACUGGGAAACAUCAAAACAGAGACCGUGAGUUCAUCGCAGAGGUUGAGAUGCUAAGUCGUUUGCAUCACCGCAAUCUCGUCAAGUUGGUCGGUAUAUGCGUUGAACGGAGCACGCGGUGCUUGGUAUUUGAGCUUGUGCCAAAUGGAAGCGUGGAGUCUCACCUGCAUGGUCCAGAUAAAAUAUAUGGCCCACUUGACUUCGACACCAGAAUGAAAAUAGCGCUGGGUGCAGCAAGGGGUCUGGCCUACCUGCAUGAGGAUGCCAAUCCCCAUGUUAUUCACCGUGAUUUCAAGGCCAGUAAUGUUCUACUGGAGAACGAUUUCACCGCCAAGGUUGCGGAUUUCGGGCUGGCGAAGGAAGCAUCAGAAGGAAUUGAGCACAUUUCCACUCAGGUCAUGGGAACUUUCGGGUACGUUGCCCCGGAGUAUGCAAUGACGGGGCAUCUCCUUGUCAAGAGCGACGUGUACAGCUACGGCGUGGUGCUCCUGGAACUCCUGUCGGGCCGGAAGCCGGUGGACAUGACCCAGCCGCCAGGGUCCGAGAACCUGGUCACCUGGGCGCGCCCGCUGCUGACCAACCGGGAGGGCCUGCAGCUGCUGGCGGACCCAUCCCUGCCGGCGGCGAGCCGCGACAUGGAGAAGCUGGGCAAGGCGGCGGCCAUCGCGUCCAUGUGCGUGCACGUGGAGGCGGCGCAGCGGCCGUUCAUGGGCGAGGUGGUGCAGGCGCUGAAGCUGAUCUACAGCGGCGGCAACGAGGAGACCUGCAGCGGCUCCCUGGGCGGCGGCGGCGGCACGCCCACGGAGGAGGAGGAGUCCCCGUGGAACGACGGCGGCAGGAGCUGCUCGUGGCACGACGACAGCGACGCGCCGUCCUGGCCGCGCGUCCCCGGGGCGCCCCGCGCGAGCGCGGCCGCGGGCUACAGCUCGGACCUCGCGGAGGAGCCGUCGGCGCGGCGGCCGCGGUCGACGCCGAGCGCCGUGCUGGACAGGAUCGAGUCCCUGGCGGCGUACGACUGGUCCGGCCCGCUGAGGACCAGGGCCAGGAACUUCUACCGGCUGAGGGGCAGCAUGAGCGAGCACGGCCACCGCCCUUCCGACGACGGCAGCGUCGAGGGCGACUGGAUAUAGCUAAGCUAGCAGCCGAGAGAGAGAGAGUUCCAUUCCAUCCCGUUGUGUAAUUGUAUAGCCCGCGCUAGGUAAGGUACUUCUUCUCGAUCCGAUUUUGAUGCGAAGAAAAGAACCCCUGGUUCUAGAUCAUUUUUAAUCUA